AUGCUGGACAUCGAUGGCGAGGUGAAGACGCUGGUGGAGAAGAUCAAAGAGCUGGGAGCGCCAGACCAAGCCGAUCAUGGCAGGAUCAAAGUGAAGUAUGGCAUCCUCUUCAGGGAGACCUCUGACCUGUUUGAGGCACUGGCCGGCACAAUGAGGGCUGCCAAGCGCAAGAAGCUGGUCACAUUUGAUGGGGAGCUGCUGCUGCAAGGGGUGCACGACAAUGUGGAUGUUGUGCUCCUGGAGGCUUGCUGA